GUCAUUUAAGUCUAAUUGGACAGCGCUCACCUGGAUCUAAAACAAAACCAAUCAGUGCAGCAUUUCACAAGCCAGUCCUUUGAUUACCAGUUUGAGAUACACAAGAAGACUUGGUUUGUUUUUUUCGUGGACAUCUUCUUUUUGCAUAGAAUGGAGGAAGCCACAUCUAACUUGCAACAUUCCUAUGGUCUGGGCCUUCGAGGUCCAAACCCACCACAUGGAGCACAGCAGUCCCAGGGUCCACAUCAGUCGGCUCCAGGGCCCUCAGGAGCUCCACGGACUGAGGAGCAGCACCACAAACCUUUCUUUUACAUCCAGCCGUCGCAGCCAUACUUGCCUAUGCAGAGUGUGCAGUGGCCCGUGGCUGUUCCCAUGCCUGUGUCCUACAACCCAUACUAUGGCUACCCAGGUUUAGGUUAUGGCAUACCAAUGAUGCCCCAGUAUCAGCCAAACCCAUACAUGGAGCCACCGAGCUUUGUUGUGCCUCAUACCCACCUCCAUUUGAUGGACUACAGACGCAUGCUGAACUCCCAGUACUACCAGACCAUGGCCUACCAUGCCCGCAGGUUCCGCUACCAGCACAACACCCCUGUUAGAGAAAUGACCACUUCUGAGGUUCAAACAGAGCCACUUGCAGCAACCCAGAGGACCAGCACUCCAAGUUCCAAUGAUGCUGAGUCCUCUUGUAUUCUCCCAGCUUGUAACAGCAACAACUCCCCCAGUGUGCACAAGAACCAGUUGCUCUCACCAGUUUUGGCUAUGCCAAAAGAGGAUCGUUCUCUGGAGGACAUGGUGCCCUCUUCCACCACCAGGACACCGUCCAGUGGCAGCUUUGUGAUUCAAACAGAGGAGGUGAGGAUUGAAUGCUGCACUACACCAGUGGGGUUACAACUGCUGCAUUCCCACGAGACUGCAGAAGUAUCCCACAACUUUUCCCAGGACGUGGUCCAGUGCAGUUCGAUCCUCCAGAGUCGUGUUCUACAAGACGAGGGACUGCGCCUUCCUGCUGACCAGUCGGAGCAAGCUCUCCAAGUUUGUCCUGACAUCCUGUUAGUGGGGACGCCCAGUACAGGUGAGUCGAUCCCCGCUCUGGAGGAGUCCAGGAAUCAGACGGAUCAAGUGAUUGCCUCCAGUCUGGGUUCCCAUGGGGAAAAUCAUGUCAAGGCUGAAGAGACAAGAAGUGAAGAUCUGACUUCUAAGAAUUUUCACUUCAAAGUUGUUCACCUGCCAUUUGAUCCUCAAUAUUUGGAUGAACUGAGGAAGAAUGAGUCUGCUGUGUGGUCAAUGGAGGACACGAUGAUUCCCUCCUCUGAAUCGCUGGUUCAGAGUGGUAGCACAGUAUCUAAUGAUGAAACACUAACUGCUGUAGAUGAAUCAACUCCAACAGAGAUGCUUACGAUGAGAGAGAAACACUCUACUGAAGAGUCCAUACCUCCGAUUGAGAUGCCUCCUCUGGCUGAGGACAAAUUCAAAGACAUGGUCCCCUCUGCCGAAGGUCUACGGGAUGAGCUGGCGUCAGCUGAUAUCUACCCUAUGAUGGACAUCCCACAUGUUUCAGAAGAAGCUCAUAUCCCUGAGCUGACGCACACAGCAGGAGUGGUUCUUGCUCCUAAUUUGCAUCAGUUGAAUAAUUCACCUCUUAAUUUGGAUAGAAAUCAACACAGACGAGAAAUGAAUGUCCAGGACCAUCAGGACACCUCCUUCGAGUCAUUGCCAGCCUAUCUUCCUUCGACAACCUGGUUAGCAGAUUUUGAUAAUGUCUACUACUGCAGCAAGAUGCCACCCGCUCCAAAGAAACAGAACAGACCUCUGAGCAAUCAUGGUCUGGAUGUUCCUAGCAGAAGACGUAAACUAGACGUGGAUCACAAGGAACAACUUAAUGUCCGCAAACCGAAAGAAAGGUACAAACCUAAAGGCAAGGUGGAUCGACGGAGCCUCUCUGAUCACGAAUGCUGCCUGAGCAGAAGCCUCAACGAAAACAUGUUCAGCCCUUGUGUGUCCAAGAGGAACACAGAACGACUUUGCUCCAGAUGUUUGGCCAAACACAGACUCUUCACAUCUGCCAGCCUGGGACUUGAUGGCCAGAGCUUAAAAAGAAAAGCUGUUCCUUUCAAACAGUGGAAUGACUUACCGACAUGUGAAGCCUGUAAAUCUCAUACCAAUCGGCGAGGGAUGAGAAAAGGUUCUAAUCCUGAAGGCCGUGGUCCUCAUCACGGGCAUGACACGGAGGGCGAAUCUUCAGAGAACAGUUCAUGUCACACGGGCCCGAAGUGGAGGUCAGCAGACGAAUCCAGGAAGUUUACAGACAUCAAGAAACCUCUGGUAUCCAAGCAGAACCUGGAGAAAUGUCCAGCAGUGAUGUACCCAAAACUCAGGGACAAGAACUGUGCAUGUAAUGAGCUGCAGCAUCAGCCUGCUCCAUGGGAGAGGAUGCACCACUGUCCCCAUGGCAACGCCAUCCGAGAAAGGGAUGAAAACUGCACUGCACCCAUUUCCCUUCAGGACAAAUGGAGGAAUAUGGACCAGAUCUACGUCACACACAGGAUGCAAACUGAGAAGUCAUGGAGGGAUGCGAUGCCCAACAGUGACAACUCAAAGCAUGAUGCUAGAUCACAACAUUUGAAUAAACACAAGAAAUCACAGUCACAAGGAACUCACAGAAAAGACACACGAUGCUGAUUUGCACAAGCACAUUUAAACAAAAGUGAAAAGCACUUUUUUUUAAAAAACAAUGUUCACUUAAUUUAAAUGGGUCCCACUUAAUUUAUUGUACAGUAAAUCACAGUAUUCACUAUUUAUUAAUAUUUGAAUAAACACAGAUUCAUAGUA